AAUAAGUUAGGAGUUUCAUGUCUUAUCGCUGGGCCGUCCAGUCGUUUGUUUUUAGUAAAACGAUCUUUUGUUUACGUGUUACAGUUUGUCUUUUGUCUCGCGACUUUCAGCCUAUCGCUUGUACUUAUAAAUAAUACUUGGUGCAGUUUUGUCAAGUCAGGUUUUUGAUAACAAUCUGCUAGGGACAGAAUAUACAACAAACGUUUUAAUAUUCUAUCAUUAUAUUGUAAUAUUGCUAUAUUGUUAUCUAAUUGUAUUAGGAUUUCAACAUGUUUGAUUAUAAACGGUUUAGUUAGCAUUUAGGAAUGUUUGUUAUUUAGUUUUUAAGUGUGUUAUGGACUUUAAGUUAUGAUGAUGAUGAAGAAGGUGCAUCGAGGAGGUGUGAUGGCUGUGGGCAGAAUGCUGGCUUCUUUACAGCAUUCACCAUGGGUUGCUUCGUUAGCAAAGACAAGCUGACGAAAGAGGACAUGGAUUUUCUAAAAACCCAUACGUCCUACGAUGAGACCACCAUUAAGGAAUGGUACAAGGGAUUCAAGCAAGAUUGCCCCAACGGCAGAUUGACGCCCGCCAAGUUCGUCGAUAUGUACAAGAUGUUCUUCCCGUCCGGGAACGCCGUUGAAUUCUGCGACCACGUCUUCCGCACAUUCGACAUGGACAAGAACGGAUAUAUCGACUUCAAGGAGUUUCUGCAGGCCAUCCACGUGACGUCGAGCGGGACGCCCGAGGAGAAGCUCAAGUGGGCAUUCCGCAUGUACGAUGUCGAUGGCAACGGUGUCAUUGACAUCCAGGAGAUGACGAAAAUCGUGCAGGCUAUUUAUGACAUGCUCGGAGCAUGCUCUAGUAACCGGCCGGCGGACUCUGCUGAGGAGCGCGCUAAGAACAUCUUCGCUAAGAUGGAUGAGAAUAACGACGGCCAACUGACGCAGGACGAGUUCCUCAAGGGCUGUCUGCAGGAUGAGGAACUGUCGAAAAUGCUGGCGCCUUAAACAGGCAAACAGCUUCUUUUAACCCUGCGAUCGUUCUCACAUACCCACCCUCAUUAUAUGCCUCACGAUAACCCGACGGCGUCGUCUUGUCCACACGGCAGCAUUAUACAAACAAUCGAAUUAUCUCUAUCGAUAUAGUUUCAGUCAAUCAUUCGAUCAUUAACUUACAUUCUCACUGUAAAUAUAUUUUCCAAAUUAAUACUCACCCGCGCUAUCAAAUAGUUUCUAUUCUGUACAAAUUUUUUGUAUCAAAGUAACAUUUAUUACCGAACAUUUUUAACAUUUGGAGAAAUUUUAAUCGUUGCGGUGUAAGUGGAGGUAGUUAAACCGGGUCAGGUUGUAUCAUCGAGUCGGAUCUAACACGGUACGCGGUUCGGUUGUGGUGUUGCCGUCGUGUUGACACGGCGCGACUACGUAGCAUGUGUCGGUCACUCACAUUGUGUGCGCAUCUGCCGCUGCACCAUCAGCCGAGCUCGAUAUGAAUCGCAAACCGAGCCACAAUGUCGUUCUGUCCGCCGAGUAAACGCUAACAAUCUAUCGAUUGCAUCCGCAUGUCGGUGUGUGCGCUUCGUUCCACCCAAAUCUCGGCUAAAAACAGCCACGGACGAACAAUGUAUCCUAACAGCGAUUACUCGCCUCGGCUUGAGGUAUUUUAAGCCGACGCCCGACGUGCGCUUCACAAUCUGCUUUACCACGACACAUGUGAAUUUUGUCGAUUGUAAAAAAAAAGUAUUGUAAAAUUAAGCUAUUAUUGAUGUAACGAAAUUGACGUCAAUGAAUCCUCGAUUUAAAAAUUGUCCAUUCCUAUUGAUAAUUGUAUGAAUGAUAAUUUAAUGUAUGUGGAAUAUGUCGCUGUCGGAUUGUCCACUUCGCUAAUAGUAUAAGAUUGUGUCCGAACCAUUCACUUCGUAGACGCUCUAUGACUAUUCCUAUGUGACUCUCGGUCUAUCUGGUUCAACGCUAUAUUCGAUCCGAUGUCGGAUUACUAUGAUAUAAUACUGCACAGUAUAAAUCUUACAUUCUAAUAUUAAGGCAAAAUUAGUGUAGCUAUGUAUGAACAGAAUCGGUCAGAUUGUAGGCACAGCCGGACCCGGUCGCCGGCACUCGACACCACGCACGCGCUGCAAUCUGAUCUCUUCUGACGGGUUAAGUUCAGUUUACGUAAGUUAACAUAACCGUAAUAUUCUACAUGAGUAAACUUUAUAUUACUAUCGUUUCUAGUAUCGGUGUUGUUUAUUAUUGGUGUUAUUCGUAAAUUCGUCAGGGAUCUCCACAUCGCCCGGCCCGCCCGGGCACUCACGCUUUUUAAUCCCAAUAUUGUUUAAACGCUUUCGUAUACUCUCUAUUCGUGAUACUAUCUGUUACUUCGCGUCGUAAUAAAUUACUUACCUACUAUUUAUACUAUUUAUUGGAGUAUUUGUAUGUAUCUCCCGAUGAUUUUCCACUACUGUGCCUUCUAGUUCCCCUUUGUAAAUAGUUUACCGAUUCAGCAUUAUUUAUUUCAUCUACCAGCUAAGUUUAUUGGUUGUCAACUUUGCCAAAGGCCGUAUUCCCUACCUAUAACUUAACCAAAUUGUAGUGUGCCCUAGUCCCAAUUUCGUAUUAUAGUUAAUUUAAGCAUAUUUAUUAAAUUUCGCAGUCUGCACAAUAGGCACUGGCCGCACAUAGUCGAAAGGGUCGCGAUAUUAUUAAUUAAUUCAUGUUAAUGUUAAGCUAUGUUCUAUUAGUUUUCAGUGCACAAAUAUAAUGUAAACAUACGUACAAAUAAAAGAUGGCAGAGCGGAAUUAACGCACAAAUAAAUAGUCACGAAAAACGUAUAAAACUGUUGGCUCGAGUCAGAAAUAUGUCAUCAUACACUGUUCUCCAUCGUUAGACUAACAGUUAUAUCCCAUCAAAUCAGAUGACAUCUUAAAGACGGUAUUUUGCUUCACUCAGGGUGACAAAAUUAUACAACAACUAAAUUCAUUAACACCAACAACAAUUAAUCAUUCGAUAACACGUCGUCACCACAUAAAUGGCCUCCGCGUAUAACAACUCCUGUGAAGCUACUGCAAUAACAAAUAUCUAAUUGCAAUUGAUAAUACCGUCUUAUUUUUGCAAAAAAAGAAAACAUUUCUGAAUAACGCAAAAAGUGUUAGUAUGCCUACUGCACCCACACAUCUGUAACGAUGAACAGUGCGAGGCCAAUAAUGUUUCCAUAAUCAAUUCAUUACAUUGAAUAAUUUCCAUAGUCAAAUGCACUGAUAGCUAAACAUCCUGUACAACAAUUUAUUGUUCAAACAUUCCAUACGUUACGCACUACACCAUAGUCAUUUAAGUGUUUAUUUAAUUUUUAGACAACUAUUAUUUCAUAAUAUGUAAUUAUCUUUAUUUCAUAUGCAUAAUUCUUAUGUUUUACAUGAAUUUGUUGUGUAUAAAAGUAAUUUAAUUUAUAAUUCAUUUACUGUAUAAAAUGUAUUUAUAUUUGUUUAGUUAGUAUCCGUCCGACGAUAAUUACCGGAUAUAACAUUGCGAUAGGAAUUCAUUCUCCUGUUGCCAUGACAACCACAUUAGUAGAACAGUGUACACGAUCAUAAAUCGACUGAAUUUUAUAUUAACAUAGAAGAGGGAACAAAAUUUUCACAUCUUGGACCUGAACGUAGCUUCGCAGACAGGGUGUUGUGUGACAUAUCAGAAAAAGGAUUUUCGAUUGGAAAUAUUAAAAGUAAAGUAAAUAACAUUUAAUUUAAAAACAUAACCAUUUCUUAGAAAUUUCGCCCUAGGCGACAAAUAUAAUAUUGUCUCACUAACAAGCAGAGUUACAAUGCCAGUGUACAUAUCUCAAACAUAACGAAAGUUUAAUUAAACUUCAUAAAAUUUUGUCAAUUAAAUUGUCAUAAUGUUUAUAAUUUUUUAUUGUGAAAGUUUUUGAGGACGCGACCCAGGCCUACGAGUCAGUUGCUACUGAUCUUAAAGUUACGGUUAGUUAGGCAUUGCCACUCGGCAGUCUUCGUACUCUCCUCUCGCCCGACCUUCCAUCCAACUCUACUCGACUCGUUCACUUCACUUCAAGUCAACGCUUUUUGUAUGCACUUUGACCGCACCACUUCUAGUAACUUUUAUCAUAGAUUAAAAUCUCAAUUAUAGAGUCGUAAUAUCAAUGUGGAUUACAUUCGCUUGAACGUUCAGUUGUUAUCGUGCCAUGUAUUUAUGUUCAUUGUAUUUAAAAUCUAGGGCGGAAAUUGGCAACAAAAGGUGAUGUAAACAUCUUAGUGAGGGCGCCACUGGCUGCUUACUGUUAGGUUUAAAUUCUUAGUGAGACGUUCGUUCUCUGAGCAUUAUCGCCCAUUUUUAUACUUAAACAUUGGUUAGGACAUAAGUCAAUACUUUGGUCUCAUGAAAUCUCAAACUGUAAUGAAGGGACUACUCUGUUCAUCGGGCGUGGCAUUUUACAUUAUUAACCUAUAAAUUAACUCGUGAUUUUAUAGUAAGCUGAAAUUACAAUGAAUGAAUGUUAAUUAGGAAUCAUUUAGCCUAUUAUUAUUCGUUUUAUAUAAUAAUUAAUAAGGUAAUUAAAAUGUUGUAAACAUUAAUAUUCCUGAGUGUACUUAUGUUUCAUGACACGUCUAGAUUGCUGAACAACGCAACCUUUUUACAAAAAAAAAAAAUGCAUUUCUCAUUUGGUAUUUUGGUCAAAAGUAUUUUAAAAUUGUUUAAAUUUACUAACAGAGUAGUUACCUUUUAUUUAAUUUUAUUAUUUGUAAACGUACCGUUAGCAGUAAGUUCCGAUCACAAUUAAUUUAUGAUUUAUUAUUUAUAUAUAUUACAAGUUGAUUGUAACACAUAGUAUAUAAUUUAAGAUAUUAUUGUAACUAGUUGCGAUAGACGCACAAAUUUUGAUUUUAUUAAUUUCUAAAAUGCAGGUUGUUAGAUUCAAUAUAAUUGAAUUAAGUUUGUAUAACAUCAGUGAAAUGAAUAUGUUUUAGGGUUCAGUUGUAUAUUGUCUUGACAAAACUGUACCUAAGCGGUGUCGACACGCGUACUUUACGUGAAGUACAUACUUUGUUACCCAAAGUAUUCGACAGAGGUCGCUGGAAACAUCGAUAACUUCACAUUCGAUCAAUAGCAAGUACAAUAGACACUCAUUGUGUGGACCCCGCUUUACUUCAUCAAGUCUGAGUAAAGUAUUUGCAGUCCAAUCACGUGGUUAUUUUAAUUACUAUGUAAAAUCGCUUCAGAACAAAUUAUUAGAAUCAUUCAGCACUUGUAAUAGAUGAAAGUAUCCACAAUAUGUCCCAUUAAUAUAUGUUGUAUUUCUAAGAAUACAUAAUAUUUUUAAUGAAUUCACAUUAAGCAUUCAGUACCUAUUAAAACUGAUAAAAGAAA